GCCUCAGCGGCUCCAGGCCCGCGAGUAGGGGCUAGAGGAGGCCGAGCUCCGCGGCUCAAUCUGCGGGGCGUCUCUGGAGAUUCACCAUCUUCCUGGAUCUGGACGCGGCGGCCGGGGAUAGGAGGGUGCAGGGACGUGGCGAUGGCUCCGUGGGGACUCCCGGGGUCCGCUGUGCUCUCUGCCGCGGUAUUCGUGGGAGGCGCCGUGAGUUCGCUGCUGGUGGCCCCGGACAACACUGGCAGCCAUACGUUACACUCCCGAGCAGAGACGACGCCAUCGUCACCCACCAACAAUGCUGGGAACGGACACCCAGAAUAUAUCGCAUAUGUGCUUGUCCCCGUGUUCUUCAUCAUGGGUCUCCUCGGUGUCCUCAUCUGCCACUUGCUAAAGAAGAAAGGCUAUCGGUGUACGACGGAGGCGGAGCAGGAAGUGGAAGAGGAAAAGGUGGAAAAGAUAGAGUUGAAUGAUAGUAUAAAUGAAAACAGUGAUACUGUUGGACAAAUUGUCCACUACAUCAUGAAAAAUGAAGCGAAUGCAGAUAUUUUGAAAGCCAUGGUAGCUGACAACAGUGUGGGUGAUGUUGAAAGCCCUGUGACCCCUAGCACUCCAGGGAGCCCACCUGUGAGUCCUGGACCCUUGUCACCAGGGGGCACCCCAGGGAAGCAUAUCUGUGGCCACCAUCUGCACACUGUGGGAGGUGCUGUUGAACGGGACGUGUGCCAGCGCUGUAGGCACAAGCGAUGGCACUUCAUAAGACCCACCACCAAGUCCAAAGAGGGCCGGCCACGGCGACAAGGGGAGGUCACUGUCCUCUCUGUCGGCAGGUUUAGAGUUACAAAAGUGGAACACAAGGCAAACCAGAAGGAGCGGAGAAGUUUGAUGUCUGUCAGCGGGACUGAGAGUGUCAACGGGGAUGUGCCUGUGACACCUGUGAAGAGGGACCGAAGCGGCACGGAGUAGCAGCAUGGACUUUCUUGAAGAGUUCUAAGAGACUUCAAACUUGCAAGAUAUGAAGUUGACUAGGGGAUAUUUUUAUAUAUUUUAUAUAGUUUCUAUCAUGAAGUCAAUGGGCAUGUGGCUCAAACCCAAAAGGGAAUAUUUUUGCUAUGCUGAACACAGAAUUCAGUUUGCUUUGAAAGAAGUUUUGGGAUUAAAAGUCUAGUGGAAAUUUUAGUUCAAUUUCCCAGAGGAAAAGAGCUCAUUUUUUUUUGUACUGUGGACCGUCCCUAGCCGUCCACUGUGGUUCCCAGUUGCGCAUUCCUGCUGCUCUGUGCACAAGCGGCUCCUCCCUUGGAAUCACAGCAUUGUGAACAGUGGAGCAUUGACAGCCUGGGCUUAUGCGGGAGUCUUCACGUCUGUUACCCAAGCUGGAUUCCAUUUUGACACUGGUUGUAAGAUCUUCGUGUACACGCGGGCUGUUACAGAAGACUCCCUGGAAAAGGUCCUGGGAAGCAUCUGGUGAGUGCUCAGGAACUGAUCCCCCAGGAGAUCCUGGAGUCAGCUGGAGAUCAGGGCACUGCAGACUCCUGAUUGAUUCCUGGACCAAGACUUCAGCAUUGACUGCUGCCGCCAUCAGGACACUCCUGUCACUCUUCCGUCACUUAGAAAAUACAGAGACUAUUACUGUUUUUAUGUAACUUAAACAAUUCUCAUUUAGCCUAUUUGAGUAAAAGGGAAAAUGGUUUAGAGUCACUCUAAAAAAAAGUUUUGACAACCGGAAGCCAAACCGAAACACUCCUUUCUUAUACAAACGAGGCCUGCUGAGGCCUCCAGUGUUUUACUCUGGGUCCCCACAGUUAUCUUGUAACUGAUGCUCUGUCAGAGCUUCUGAGGAAGACUGCAAGUUCAAUCCUGCGUGGGCUAUAGAGAGAGUUCAGGGGUAGCCUGGGUGACUGAGCCAGAUGAAGAGGGCUAGGGGUCUAGCUGAGUGGUAGAGCACCUUCCCGGCAUGCUCAGUGGCUUUAGUGGCUCCCUGCCCUGCUGCUCUCUCUCUUAGCUUUGUUUUAUAAAACACCUAAAAGUGAUAGUAAUUGUGUAGGUGGGGGUGAGGCAGCUCUAUUCCCUGCUUCCAUUGGUGGGAAGCAUUGAGUACGUCAUUUCAAAGAAAAAGGGCUUGUUUUUGUUUGGCACCACAAAAAAAUAAAAAAAAAAUAAAAAAGAUAUACCACAGGGUAUUUUCUGUAGAUAGACUUACUUGAUUCUGUUUCUGGAAACAAACUAACUUUUUUCUAACAUUUUAUGGGAGUGGUAGAUGCACUUUGAUGUGAUCUCACACUGGCAUCUGUGUGUCGUGUACAAAGCAGAGAGAAGCCAGUGUGGAUGCUGGAUUUGCUGUGGUCCAGGAAGUGGAGUGUGUGUUAGUAAGAGUAAUCUUUGUGCAGCUACACCAAUAUUUUUACUUAAACAAAACAAACAAACAAAAAAACCAUACACUUUGCAUUAAAAAAAAAACCAUAAUGUCCUUUAAAUGGUGAUGGGCUAAUAUGUAAGAUAUUCUUCAGCUUUAAUUAUUUUUUAAUUUUAUUCAACCUAGAAAGCACUUUCUAUAGCAAUAAAAACCAAAAGAAUGCGCAAAGAUAUUUAAAAUUGUAUUUAUAUACCAAUUUUAAACAUUUUUAAAUAUAUGAGCAGUUAGUUGGGUGACUGGCUUCCAGAGAUGCCAAAAAUUCAGCAUUCGAUACGUUGAACACUUAAGCUUUAUACUGGUUUAUACUGUUAGGUGAGAAUCCUGAGUGUUCCCUCACAGCUGAUGUUUGUGGCCCCCCUUCUUCCUCUUCCUCAGAAGGAUGGGGACCCAGGACAAGCUCCUGUCCACAACACUAAUGAUGGCUAGCUCCUUGCUGUGACGAGUGAGUCAGUUGCCACCUCAGUGUAAAAAAAAAAAAAUUGUAAAGAGAAUUUUUCACUGUUUCCAGUGUCAAAUGUAUUUUUAACUGUCUGGUUUGUACUUUUUACGAAUUUUGUACUACCAAAGCAGAGUUAAAAAUAAAAGUGUUAAA